AUGGUGCUCCACAAAGGGCGUUAUUUUGUUUACUACAGCCGUUCCGAAGGCUACCCAACGGGCCUGGGGAAGCAUAUCGUGAGCAAAAUACCACAGGAGCUUGGACGGUACUCGAUCUGGUUAGAGAGGGAGCGCACUCGCUAUGAGAAACUCAGCCAACAACUAGAGAGCAAAGUUCUGACAGUCUCUCCCAAACGGAUGCAACUAUUCGUCGACCAGGAACAGCGCGAUCGCGAUCAGUGCGCCGUUCACACCUUGCCUCCUUGGAAACCACUCGACUGGCAGCUUCACGAGUUACCGACGGCCGUUUGGGACUCCCGGGGUAUUGCGGCUGACUGGACAUACCUUGUUGAUCUGGACAGCCAACGUUUCGUGAUAAACAACUGGAUCAUCUUCGAUCUCUGCAACAUUCCCCGCCAUCGUUGGACUGAAGCCUUUAGUUCUGCAGGACAGAUCGACGAAUUCUCUUUCACACUCGGCCCGGAGGCUUCGGAUGAAAUGAGCCAGCCACGAUAUUUCGCCAACGGCAAUCAGCGGCUGGACUGCUAUGUUUCUGUCUACCAACGGCAUGCCGUGUCAUGGGUGAAUCCAAGACGGAUCGACGACUCUUUACCUCUGCGGCAACUUUUCACGCUCGCCAUUUUUCAUCAUUUCAUGGCCUCUGAAUUACUGGAUUAUCUCCCUGCCACCCCUCAUGAUAGUUUUGCUUUCCGUGAAGUGGCCUACGCCGUUUUAUCUCUGGCCACGGGCAACUUUUACUUCGACGAGCCGGCCGGGUAUAUCGGUGAUUAUGCCCGGGAGGAAUCUACGGGCUUCCUUGUGGAUGUGAACGAUGAAGGCGACAACUCUUUCAUGCCGAUAUUUGGUGCAGGAUGCCAUAUGGAAUCUGAGGAACCAGGUUCAUCUCCUUCUGAGCUCGUCUUUUGGUUCCAUGGCGUGCUUAUCAGUUUGAUACCCGACAACGCCUUCGAUCUCGACCUAGAAGCGGUCAUCGGCAAAGCAGUCUCGUUCGGUCGAGCCAUCAGGACGGACGACUUUCAGAUUGUGAUCUUUUCCAUUCAGAAUGCAGUUUUGCUGGAGGUUUGCCACGCUCCUGUUGCUGUGAUUAGACGCUCCGACAUCAUUCCUAUCUGUGGGAUGGAUUUUGAAGAGCAACGUUCACAUGACGAGUCGGAUGGUACCGACGAUUGUUCAACCGUCGACCGCCUGCUUUCGGCUCACUCGGGAUUCGUGGCCCUGCAGGAUUUCGUCACCAUCGCGUCACGCCGAAAUGUCUCUCGUUUUGGCCGAGGACGCCUUCCCACCGAAAUCUAUGCGAACAUCCUCAAAUACUGCGAUGUUGAGACACACAACCAGUGCGCAAAAGUUUCGAGAAUAUUCCAGACCUUAUGCAGCGCGCAGUUCCCAUUUAGCCGCAGUCUCAACAUUCUCAAACUGCAACCUUGCAGCCCGAAUUCGCAGGCUCAAGGUUUGUAUGAUAUGUGGUUGUCCAUACGAUUGGCCGAGCUGGGGAACUUCCACUUUUACGACACGAGUGACGGAGUCUCUUAUCAAUCACCACUGGCCGUCGGCCCUUAUGUGAGGGUUGCACACGAAAAUAUGGUCGGAACUUGGUGCCCCAUCAUUGGAAAUGCGACUCGCCCAAGUAUUCUGACGCAACUUCCGUUGCGUUUACUACUUCGCAAGCUCUAG